GAGCGCAUGGCAUUUUGCCUUCAAUCCAAAAGCCUCGAGGCGACGCCUUCCUUUCAAAUGCACUGGUGCCUACCAAACCUUAAUAAUUUUUCCUCAUAUCUGGCCGUCCGUGUUGUACACUAGCUACAUAGUCACAUAUAUACUUUUUUUCUUCUUCCUUGUAAUCAUCUGCGCCGCUUCGCAGGCUCUCUUUCGCAUUAAUAAUCGGCGGCAUUUGUUCUAGCUAAUUUUCUUCAUCCUUUUCACAUUAAUUCAACAAAAACUGCCAGCGUCGUUAAGCCCCUAUAUUAAUGGCGUCCUUUGCUGUUGGCCUUUCGAAUUGUCGCUAGUUAGCUUUACCCUCGCACGCAUCUCGUUUCAUGGCCUCCGCAUGUCGCAUUCAUCAUGGCCUUAGACUCAGAUAAUGAGGAUGGUUCGAAGACGGCGCCUUCACAGCAAAUCAACGAAAUUAUGCAAAGAGCUUCCAGUGGCGAACCCGAUGUAGAAACCGACGCUCUCGGAGCUACAGAUGAAGCGUCGGCAUUGAAAGACCUCACAGCGAACGUUCGCGAUCAAGAUGACCUCGAGCGCGAUAUCUCCUACCAAACAAAUCUCAGGUUAAUCGAGAACGAGAACCAGCGGGACGAGAAACGAAUUGAGAAAAUACAAGCUAGCAUAAAGAAGCUCGAAACCGAGAAGAAGACACUGGACGAGCAAGCCCGCAAAGCCCUUAGCAGACCCCAACACAAGCAAAGCCUACGAGAAAAGAUCGCUCGAAUCGAGUCAGAUAUUGAGCUUGCCAACAAGGAAAUUGCUGAUUUCCGUGCCCGUAUCGAAGAACGACAGGAAGAGGGCCAUGAUUUUGAGCAGAUUAAAAGUGGGAAUAAGAAACUGCCCAAUGAGACACAUCGCGAAUUCCUAAUUCGCACGGGGAAGAUUACGCCAUUUGCGAAUAUUGGAGGUCCCAGGCCACAAGGGGUAGAAGGAAGGUUGGCAGAUGUGUUAAUUGACGCCGAGGAUGAAGCUGCGGCUGCAGAGCUGGAGGAGCAAGCCGGCUAUGCACCACAAUCCCACCAGAAUCUGCGUGCGCCUGGGUUCAAUGAAGAACCCGAUAUCAUACCUACAGCCGUAGAAAGCGAGUUUACAUUACGCCCCAGAAAGAAGCGAAAGGCGAAGCGCGAAACCGUCUCGUCGGAUGAAUUUGAACCACAGGCUUCCGACGCACCUGAUGUGGAUUUCAUUGAUCGAGAUUCUGAAGAGGAUCAAGUAAGACGUCCCAAGAAAAAGUCCAGAAAGGGAACCAAAAAAGAAGGUGGUGAGGAGAAAGAAGAUGUUUCUCACAUCGACGACGGAAAUGAGGCCAGCUAUCAGACCAGACUUGCGGAUUGGAUUGGCCGGCGCAGCAGAGCAAGACGCCGACGACGACAGGAAAAGAGAGAAAAUGAAGGCCUCGACGAGUCAGAUAGUGAUGAUGAAAAAGAAGAGUGGUUCAAACCAUCUCCUGAUCAUCCUAGUCACCGCUUUGAAAACGGUCUAAAACUUCCUGGAGAUAUCUUCCCAGCUCUAUACGAUUAUCAGAAGACUGGUGUCCAGUGGCUAUCCGAACUUUACAAUCGCAAGGUAGGGGGUAUCGUUGGCGACGAGAUGGGUCUUGGAAAAACUAUCCAGAUCAUAUCCUUUCUCGCCGCUCUGCAUCAUAGUAAGCGGCUUGACAAACCAGUCGUUGUUGUGGCGCCGGCUACCGUCUUGACCCAAUGGGUGACCGAAUUCCAUCGUUGGUGGCCUCCCUUCCGUGUGUCAAUCCUCCACUCUUCUGGCAGCGGUAUGCUCAAUGUAAGAGCUGAAGCCAGUAUCGAGGAUGAAGAUGACCAAUGGGAUGAGGCUGGAAAUAAGAAAGUGAGCAGAGCUGCUCAGAAGAUUGCAGAUCGAGUUGUGAAACAUGGUCACAUCCUGGUCACUACCUACAAAGGCUUGCAGACGUACGCCAGAGUCUUAACCACCGUAGAAUGGGGUUAUGCCGUCCUCGACGAAGGCCACAUGAUCAAAAACCCGAACAGCACUCUCACGAUAAAUACGAAGGAGCUACGCACGCCAAACCGAAUAAUCCUUUCUGGGACUCCCAUGCAAAACAACCUUAUGGAAUUAUGGUCGCUAUUUGAUUUCGUCUAUCCAAUGAAAUUAGGAACGCUCAUAGACUUCCGUAACGAGUUUGAAAUCCCUAUAAGAAUCGGUGGUUACGCUAACGCUAGCAUCCUUCAAAUUAUGACAGCACAAAAGUGCGCCGAGAUCCUAAGAGACACGAUUAGGCCAUUCUUAUUACAACGAAUGAAGUCUGACGUCGCAGCUGAUCUUCCAGCAAAGAAGGAACAAGUUAUCUUCUGCAACAUAACACCGCUGCAACGUGAAGCUUAUGAAUUCUUCUUGGAGUCAAAGGAGAUGGAAGCAAUUCGUGCUGGAAUGAGGAAUACUCUCUACGGGAUUGAUGCUCUCCGCAAGAUUUGCAAUCACCCAGAUCUACUGUCUCCCCAAUUGAAGUAUAAAGAUGAUUACAAAUAUGGGAUGCCUAAGAAAUCGGGUAAAAUGCAGAUUGUAAGGUCACUUCUCCAAACUUGGAAAAAGUUUGGACAUAAAGCGCUUCUAUUUAGCCAAGGCGUACAGACACUCGACAUACUCGAGGAUUUCGUGAAGAGUCUAGGCGACAUCAAAUACAUGAGGAUGGAUGGCAGCACUGCUAUUAAAGAAAGGCAGCUCCUCGUUGAUCAAUUCAACAACGAUCCAGACUUCGACCUCUUCUUAUUAACCACAAAGGUUGGUGGGUUGGGUGUCAAUUUAACUGGCGCGAAUCGGGUAAUCAUAUUUGAUCCGAAUUGGAAUCCUUCAACAGAUAUGCAAGCACGAGAACGAGCGUGGCGACUGGGCCAAAAGAAAGAGGUUACCAUAUACCGACUCUUAACUGCGGGUACGAUUGAGGAGAAGAUAUACCACCGUCAGAUCCAGAAGCAGUUCCUGAGCAACAAAGUAUUGAACGAUCCAAAGCAGCGAGCUACCUUCAAGUCCGAAGAUCUGCAAGACUUAUUUACGCUUGAGUUUGACAAGGACAAAACAGAAACAGCGAAGUUGUUCGAAGGUACCGAAGUCAAGUUUAAUGGCGCUUCGGCUGGAGAAGAUCGCCCGGGUUCGCGCCAGAAGACUACCGAGGGGGCAGACACAACAAAAACACAGAGCAAUACCCCCAAUGAUGCUGACGACCGGGAUAUCCAGGCUAUAUUAGGAGUGGAUAGAAUGGAGGAGUAUGAGCCCGAACCAGAUACAAAAGCAAAUUCGAAUGAAGAAGAUCGUAUUAUGGAAGGCCUUUUUGCUCGCUCGGGUGUACAUUCAGCACUCGAACAUGACAAAAUCGUCAAUGGCAAGAAGCAACUAAGAGCAGACCCUAGAAUUCUUGAGCAAGAAGCAAAUCGUGUGGCAGCAUCAGCAGCUGCUUCGCUCAAACGUGCGAGUGAGCAGACACAGUCGGUACCGAUCGGCACCGUCACUUGGACCGGAGAAGUGGGUGAGGCUGGCAGGCCGUCGAAUAUCCGACGCGGUCGGGGUGGCCCUAGUUCGGCUGGCGUCCUAGCUGGAUUAGCCGAUAGACAGGGGCUGGAUGCGACUGCAAGCAGCUCUCAGUCUCCCAUACCUCGAAACAACAAACUAGGGGUCAAGGACUUUGAGAAGAUGAUACCUAGAUUCAUAAAAAACCACGGUGGUAAGAUACCAACGAAAUCAUUGAUCGAUCACUUCAAUCAGUAUUGCAAGGACAACGCCAAAAAUACGUCCAAUUUUAAGAUUGCCCUUGACCGUGUCGCGAUUCUGGAGAAGAAGGGCUCGGCCGGAAGAGCGAUUUGGGCUCUCAAGCCGGGAUAUUAACCAGCAUAAGUCGGAAUUCUAAUUCUGCGAAGAUUUCAACUCCGUGUGGGCGAUUAGAAGGGGAAAACUUUGGUUCAUGAGUUUGGGCGGAUCGGUUCAGUUUAGAUCAUUGCGCUGCAUAGCAGAGGUGUUCAGGGGUGAAAUCAUCAUUGUACUAAGGUAUGAUAUGUACCUACUUGCUUUACUAGACGAAUGGUUGCGUAGGAUUCACUUGGGUUCAUGGAAAGAACCCUAUAUGUAUUAAACGUAAAUAUCACAGGAAGACAUAAAAA